AUGCUUCGGGAGUGGAAGUACGACUCCGUCCUCAGAAACUCAUCUUUGUGGCGCGUUGAUGGAAAACUGGAAUCGUUCAUGACUAGGGCUGGUAAUCUCAUUGAGGCUAAUGCAGGAUGCAUGCAAGACGUGAUUCGGACCCUCGCUCAAGAGGAAGGUCUAGCAAUCAUCCGCUUCCUGUUGGAAAGCCGAUUUGAGACCACCUUUGCCUCACAGUUCAUUCCCCUCCUGCGGGCUAUCACUCCGGAUAAUGUCUUCCGCUCUUACAUCCUUGAGAUGGACUUGGGCACCAUUUACAAAUCCAUGUUCGGUAUCGAUGGAAGUAGAGCCUCGACAACCCUCGAAAAGAUCCACAAUUUCCUGGUGAAAAAUGUGGCUGAAAACACAUGCAUCUCGCAACUUGAGGUGUCCCUCCUUUUCUUUUCUCGCAUUCUGGAUCUCAACUCAACGGCCCUUAUCCAGCAAAGUCUGCACGAUUUGGCCAAGAAGUUUGAUGAACUACUCGUUACCGUGAAAAACGAGCAUGGAAUUGAUCAACUUCACCAGUCCUUCGCCAACAUGGCCCGCGUUCAACGUCGCCUGCAGGUUGGAAAUAUGAUCCCCACAGCGUCUUCUGUCACAACCAACAGCAAGGAUUCCCAAAUGCCCUCCGCUGAUAAACCCAAAGGCCCCGGUGGCCGACACGACAACGAUCAUGCUGACAUCUGCAACAUCGAUAUCAUGCCCAGCUUUGAGGAGAUCGCCAGCAUUCAGCCAGAGUAUCUUCCGGCGAUGAAUCCAGCACAGUGGCAUCUCGGGGGCUUUGAUGGACUGCUCGAUAGAAACUUUCGUCUUCUCAGAGAGGACACAGUGGGCCAGCUUCGUGACGCUAUUCACCAUUUCAUCUACAAGCCUUCGUCCGAACCGUCAAAGAAUGAUCUUCGCAAUAAUGUGUAUCGCAAUGCGACUGUCGAAAAAUGCUGUUUGUCCUCGCUUACUAGACUCGAAUUGGAAGUCAAUUUCCCCCAGCCCGCCCCCGCGGCAGUACUGGCAACUGCUGCUCGGGCGGCGUGGUGGCAAGACUCGCGGCGCUUGCGACCAGGUAAUCUUGUAUGUUUGGUCACCCAAAAAUUGACAAAGAUUCUAUUCUGCACUGUCAGCGAAAUGAGAAGCCCCAGCUCUGCUACCGGCGAAAGAGGGGAGAGCCCGGGAAUCGGCCUGUGGAAACGCCAGAAGGUCGCAUCGAUUGUUUUGGUGCUUGUUGAGCACAAGGAUACCCAAGUCCGGACCGCUCUGGAGCUGUACGAAGGGACUGGAAUUGACCUAUCGCUGAUCGAAUUUCCCCACGUCCUUCUGCCAUCAUUUGAGCCGACUCUGAAAGCCCUUCAGUCGAUGAAAAGGAAUGCAGCUAUGCCAUUUCCAGGGCUGUUUUUGCCUAAGCAAGCUGGUUCUUCUGAUUCAUCUGAGUCGAUGCCUCCUUUGUAUUCCCUGCAGCCCGGUUUCAAUUAUGAUAUUGCAUCCUUGAUGAGGGACGGGAAAGAAUUCUUGGUCCAUCCUUUCAAGCCUGUCGAUCUGCAAAGACUCAAAGACGGCUCAGACAUGGAUCAUGCCCAGGCCGAAGCCCUAGUCCACUGUCUGCAACACAGAAUUAGUCUGAUUCAAGGGCCCCCUGGUACGGGAAAGAGCUACACCGGUGUGGCCUUGAUCAAAGCUCUUCUCAACGGCAUUGAUCGUAGAGAAACCUGCUUGGGACCAAUUCUUUGUGUCACAUUCACCAAUCAUGCUCUAGAUCAACUCUUGGAAUCCUUACUGAACAACAAAGUUACAUCAAAAAUCGUUCGAAUCGGCGGUCGGUCUCAAUCGGAUAAGAUGACCUCCUUGAGCCUCAGGAAUGUUUCCAAAGAUCUGGAGAAGACGAAAAUGGAGAAGUCAGCUAUAGCAGAGGUUCGGGGUACACUGGCGAGGCAUCAAACCAGUUUCGACAAUAUCCAUAUCGGAAAGGAAAUUCCCUUUGAUGAACUUGUCGGCUUUCUUCGGAUUUAUUACCCUCAUCACUACAACCAGCUUUUCGAAUAUGGUGAUAGGGAUGGGGAUCAGGAACCCAGCUCUGCAAUUUUGACUUGGAAGGAUUCAGGAUUAAAGAGCAAGGAUGAACCUCGAACUCUGGAAACUCUUCAAAGAGCGAAUCUGACCAACAUGUCCCACUCAGAGCGCCAGAUUCUGCACGAUCAUUGGGUCGAGGAAAUUUGGCAGAGCGCGAAUGCAGAGGCGGUUCAUGUGGUUAAGUCCCACGCCCAGGCUAAAGUCAGGUUCACCGGAAUUCAGGACGAAGUGAACCUUCGUUGUUUGCAUGAAGCGAAAGUAGUCGGAGCGACGACGACAGGCCUAGCUAGGCGGCUGAAAAUGGUCCAAAAUUUGCAAUGCAAGGUUAUCAUAUGUGAAGAGGCUGGGGAAGUUCUUGAACCUCAACUCCUGACAGCCCUCCUCCCUGAGGUGGAACAUCUGAUUUUGAUUGGGGACCAUCAACAACUACCUCCUCAUGUGCAAAGUUACGAUCUCUCUCGGGAUAACCAUCAAAAUGGCUGGAAAUACUCACUGGACGUGUCUCUUUUCGAAAGAUUGGUGAACUCAAAUCCCAAUCGUAUGGGAUGUGGUCUACCUUUCAAGAUGUUGGAGAUGCAGAGGCGAAUGCAUCCUUCAAUCGCCCAGCUGGUUCGUGACACAUCUUAUCCCAAUAUCGAAGACCAUCCGGAUGUUUACAACUACCCCGAAGUGCCUGGCAUCAAGAAAAGACUGUUCUGGUUCGAUCACCGCAAGCUGGAAGGUGGAUUGUCAAAUGGGUCAGAAGUAUCGACGUCUUGCUGGAAUGAAUUCGAAGUCGAUAUGAUAGCCGCUUUGGUGCAUCACCUCACUCAGCAGGGCACAUACCACGAACAGGACAUAGCUGUACUGACUCCAUAUCUGGGACAACUACACAGAUUGACACAGAGGCUGAGGGGUUCUGCUGUUCUUGCAUUGAAUGAACGUGACCAAGAAGAGCUCAAAAAAGCCGGCUUCGAAGACAUUGAAGAUAAUUCGGCAAUCGUCAAGACACCCCUAUCCAAGGUUUUGAGACUGUCUACUGUUGAUAACUUCCAAGGCGAGGAGGCCAAAGUGGUGGUGAUCUCCCUAGUCCGGAGCAAUCUAGCGCUCAACUGUGGGUUCUUGCGAAGCUCACAACGAAACAAUGUCCUCUUGUCCCGGGCUCAGCAUGGAAUGUAUCUGAUUGGCAACUCCGAAACUUUCGGACAAAUCGACAUGUGGGCUCAUGUGCAAAGACUUCUCCGCCAGGGUAACAACAUCGGUCCAAAACUGGAGCUGCAGUGUCCACGACAUCCAGAAACACCGAUUGUCGUUUCUAAGCCUGAAGAUUUCUUGAAAUUCUCUCCCGAGGGAGGCUGUCAUCUUAAAGCUGUCAUUCUGAUAUUCUCCACGGCGCUGUUAUGUGCCUCGAGCCUUGCAAUCGGUCGCGAGAAGGAUGUGAUCAUGAAUGCCUCAGCUUGUGUGGUGAACAAUGCCCCGACAAGUGCAUGUUCAUGGUCCAAUCAAAAGAUCGCAGGCUCCGAUGCGGUCAUAGUACCAAAAAGAGUUUGCCUUGCUGGCAAAAUCAAGAUCCCUCGAGUGUUCAACUUUGUUCUAAGAAUGUCCAAAAGACAGCUCCUCGCUGCGGCCACACAGUUACCGUUGAAUGCCACGUGGACGUGA